AUGAAUGCACAAAUUAAAAUAGCAAAUGAUACAUCAUUCAUACAAAAGUACAUAUCAAUAAUUGCAUUCAUCAGUGAUAUCUCUUGGCAUAAACGCCGCCUCACCACGAACCUGUGCACCCACUCCCCUAAAUCCACAGUGCCCAUAUCCCCGCACGCGGACAGAACCGACAGCAGCGCCACCCCAUCAGGCUCGAUCUCCUCCAUCUGCAUCCUCCGGAACACGUCGACCGCCUCCUCUGGCCGCCUCAUCUGCGCGUAUGCCCCGAUCACCGUCGUCCACGACACCACACUCCUCUCCGGCAUAACAUCAAACAGCUCGCGUGCGCAGACCAGGUCCCCGUCUUUCACGUACCUGGCCAUCGUAACGUUCCAUGCCACGACGCCUUUGUCGACCAUGUCGGCGAACACGCUGCGCGCAGCGGCGACGCGGCUGGCCAUCAUAACGUUCCAUGCCACAACGUCUCUGUCGACCAUGUCGGCGAACACGCUCGCAGUACACCUGGACGAGGCUGGUGGAGACGAGGGCGUCGGAGGCUGCGAGGCCUGCACGGAGGAGCAGGGAGUGGAGCUGCGGGCCGAGGCUCCCGCGGAGGUGGGGGAGGCGCGCGACGGCCCUGAGGGUGACGUAGGGGUGGAGGCGGCGGGGAGCGCGACGGCGUGGGUAGGCGGGCGGGGCGCGAGGCGGAGGGAGGCGAGGAGGAGCGAGGAGAGGAGGCGCGGGUGGCGGUGGCCGCAGCGGUGGAGGAGGAAGGCGUGGGCCUGCUGGAGGUGACGCGCGGAGGGGA